AUGCGCGGCGAGAGCCAACGCUUGUCGACGCACCUCAAGGCUGCAUUCGCUGAGAUCGAGCGGCUGAGGGUCAUAUAUAGCCAAGCAAUCGAGCAACUAGCAGCCUACGUGCUGACAAACUUGUCACCGCAAUCAGCCGCGCAGUGGUUCGAGAUGUAUCUUCGUGUUGUAGACUUAGGGGUGCAGAUCCGUCGCGGAGAGAUCCGCCACCGUACAAAGCAACAAUUUAAAUACCCGUGCAUGCAAAAGACUGGUACCGAGGGGGCAGUGCAUUCGGGUCUGGGUAUUGACGAUGCCAACGUAAUUUUACAGCGGAUGGAGGAUGGAGAAUGGGUUAAGCAGAGUCGUCUGACGAAUUGGUUUAUGAAGAUGGAUACAUUGGAUAGAGAUACCAUUGGAUCACUAGACGAGAAGGUCAUCGCGUGUCUCGAAGACUUUCAAAGACAAAAAAGUGUUUUUUACGAUCGGUUAGAAAAGACAGGAGAGGACCCUUACGAGGCCAUGGUAGUCUUUGGGGCACCUGGGGCUGAUGGCUCGAUCCUAGCGAAAGUCACUCGAGCGUGUUUCCAUUUGAAGGACUGUUCAUGCCUGGAAGACGCCGAACCUUGGAGAGAAUUCUGCCUCGAGUCAGCUGACCCUCAUGCUCAAAUUCCAUCGUCGACUGUAGAUACAGCUGCAGGGAAUGAUGUGGGUAUGAAGGAUAUCAAGCGCCAAAUGGGGUUUGAAGAGCUGUCACGAGAAGAGAAACACGAGGACACGGCGGCACUUGCACGAGAUGCUGCAGAGUUAGCUCGACGUCGGAUACCUCGAACUAUGGCUGUUGUGGCUGGACAGAGUGUCUUGCUAUCAGCUCGAAGUAUUUACCAGAAAAAGUGUGAAGAGAUUGGUUCUAAACCCCAAAAGCACAUCAAGGAGCUCUUGACUGUGAAGGAUGGCUCGCAUCAUCUCCACAUGUCUGGUAUAGGUUUCCACGCAGCGGAAGAUCUUCAAAUGUUGGUGGACAUUUUCUCUACUCAUGGGUUACCUCUUGUGAAGGAGCUGGAUAUCUCCAAUGGAUUUUUCAAUGCUGCAGCGUUCCAGAUGCUCUGUCAAUUGUUGCGAGUGCCGCAGCUUCGUCAAAGCCUCGAACGACUCAGUCUCCGUGGCAUCGCUGUCCCUCUGCGUGGUGACUUUGCAACCCUUUUGCAGAAUUUAACGAGCGAUUCCAGCUCUUCUGUACCUGCGCUUGGCAACUUGAAGACGCUGGAUAUCUCGUUCAACACGUUGUGGUUUGAUGGUGCGACGCAGCUCCAAUCGCUGCUCAGUAGCCUCCGCUGUCUCGAAAACUUGUCGUUGGAAUCCUGCUUCCCCGAACCUGAACUGUCAAGAGAUCGCCAAGCGUUAGAAGAGAGUGUACAUGGAGCUCUCACGGACGUGAGUACUCGACUGGAGUGUCUGAAUUUCGGAUCAAAUUAUGUUGCCAUGGAUUCGCAUUGGCUCGACGCUCUCUUCGCGCCAGGAAGCACUUUACAGAAGCUAGAGCUGUGCGGAAUAAGCAGCUCCUCGAGUGACGUCAGUGAUUCAACGGAGCCGAUGGAAGUGGACUGGCAAGCGGGUGAAACGUGGGACCUUCAACAGAUAGAAACGUUGAAAUGGUCCUCCAAUAGUGGUGUGCACUCGGACAAACUACUUGGUGCUCUCUCUGCCGAGUUGCAAAGUGGCUUUGCACAGUUGAAACAUCUCGAUGUAGAACUCAAAACCUCCGAGCGAAGCAAGAAAGUCGCUGAUACAAUCAUGCACAUCGCCGACUACGCAGUGCUGAGGUCGUGUCGACUCUGCUGUUCCACUCGCACAGCCUUCACGCACGGCGUGCAGGCGUCUAUUGCACGCCUUCUGGAAGAUGGUCUACAAGAAUUGCUGUCGUUCCCAAGAUGA